AUGUUGCCGCAAACACUUUCAAUUCCGCCCGUCAAUCCUGCUGACACUUUUGUAGUUAGGACUAAUUUAGCUAAGAAUGUUGGAAGAAAACCCAACAACUCAGCAACAAUUUCCACUGUCCAGUGUGCCAAGAAAUAUCUCAACUCAACAAGAAGCAGAACUGCUACUCUCAAGAGUAAAGAAGGUCAUUUAAAUGCUGCCAGUAAGACCCAGAAAGUGAAUUUGGAAGUAUCACCCCACAGAGCUGUGUCUGCUGUGAGGUUGAUGCGAAUAGAGCUUGGUGGUGCUUUCGCCGACUUACUGAAUGAGCAAGGAAAAGGUUCAGGAGGCAAUGAGAUGGGAUACGUGGAAAGAACUCUUGGAUUUCGUACCAGGGAUUUGGAGGAUAGGGAUUUGAGGCUGGUAACUGAAAUUGUUGGAGGUACCAUUCGUUGGAGAAGAUAUCUGGAUUAUUUGAUACUUUCAUUGUGCCACGAUGAAGGCACGUUCAGAGACAUGGAGCCUCUUCUUCUACAGAUUCUUCGGAUUGGUUUCUAUGAGAUCAUCAAGCUAGAGAUGCCCCCAUAUGCUGUCGUCGAUGAGAAUGUAAGACUAGCCAAGGUUGCCCUCAGACCAGGUGCGGGGAACAUGGUCAAUGGGAUUCUCAGAAAGCUAGUUUUACUUAAGGAAAGUAACUCCUUCCCUUCCCCAGAAGUGAACGGCGAUGAUCGUCAGCAAGCGCGUGCACUUGCCACAAUUUAUUCUCAUCCAGUGUGGAUGGUGAGACGAUGGAUAAAACAUCUUGGGCGAGAAGAAGCUAUUAGACUGAUGAUGUGGAAUAACAAAGAUCCAACUUUCAGUCUAAGGGCAAAUGUUGCUAAAGGUUUCAGGAGGUCUCACCUAGUGGAGCAGCUUGAAAAGUUAAAGGUCCCACAUGAGCUCUCUGCGCAUUUGGAUGAUUUUGUCCGCAUCAGAACUGGGAUGCAGCUCAUUAUACAAUCAGGAUUACUUAAAGAUGGUUUGUGUUCUGUCCAAGAUGAGAGUGCUGGUAUGGUCGUCACCCUUGUGAAUCCACAGCCCGGUGAGAGUAUUCUUGACUGCUGUGCUGCACCUGGAGGAAAGGCACUAUUCCUGGCGACCUUUUUGAAUGGGCAAGGUAUGGUAACUGCAGUUGAUGUAAACGCUGGUCGGUUGAGAAUCCUUAAAGAGACUGCUGAGUUGCAUCAAGUUCAUAAUGUCGUCACUACCAUUCAUUCUGACCUCCGGAUAUUUUCUAAUAAUAGCCACAUCAAGCAUGACAAAGUUCUACUGGAUGCACCUUGUUCUGGAUUGGGGGUUCUCUCUAAGAGAGCGGAUUUGCGUUGGAAUAGGCGAUUAGAAGACAUGGAAGAGCUUAAAAGCUUACAAGAUGAACUUCUUGAUUCUGCAUCAAGUAUGGUGAAGCCUGGAGGAGCUCUUAUAUACAGUACUUGUUCCAUUGAUCAAGAAGAGAAUGAGGAGAGAAUAGCGUCAUUUCUUCUUAGACAUCCGGAAUUUGUUGUUGAUGCAGCUGACAAUUAUGUGCCGCAUGAAUUUGUAACUGAACGUGGCUUCUAUCGUUCAAAUCCUGCCAAGCAUUCAAUGGACGGAGCAUUCGCAGCUCGCCUUAUUCGAUCUCGAUGA